ACACACUUCAUUGCUUGCCCUCGAUGAUUCCAUUUUGGAUGCCGAUCAGGUAGAAAAUCUUAUUAAAUUUUGUCCAACAAAGGAGGAAAUGGAUCUACUCAAGCUUGACAGGUUUCUGUUGAAGUUUCAGGGGUAUGAUGGUGUCAUGGUGAUAAAGAAAACUUGGGGAAAUGUGAGCAGAGUUGAUGAAAGUACCAAGGGUGGAGUCCAAAUUGAGAGUCUUAUCCUUUAUGAUUCAAUUCCGAUCUCAGGUUGGUGAACUCAAAAAUAGCUUGAAUGCCAUUAACUCUGCAUCAGAAGAGGUCAGAAGCUCUGUGAAGUUGAAAAGAAUUAUGCAGACCAUUCUCUCUCUAGGAAAUGCUUUAAACCAGGAAAAACUAGGGAAUGAUAGAUGUAGAAGUUGGGUGCAUCAUGGUUCUUCAUUUGAUUUUGAAGCCCCUUUCUAGUUGAAGAUUUCUUUACUUUAAUUAUAUGGCUGAGGCAAUUCUUUGUAACCUUACACAAAUAUCUUUUAAUGCCAAAAAAUACUAAUUAUUUUUGUAAUGGCAAUUGCAAUGAUAUUAACUCCUAUUUAUUUAUUAUCUAUGUUACGUCAGAUGCUUUUUUAGGCAUCGCUGCUGAAGUGUAUGUAUGAAUUUGUAACUUUAUUGUUUGAUCUAAGCUGUUUUUUCAUCCAAUUGUGUUAA